UCAGCCUUGUUUUGUAUUAGCUCAGUGUGACUUCCAAGUCAAUCUAGAAUCUGUUUUGUCUUUCACUGAAGGAAUUCAUCCCUUUUGAAGCAUUCACUGGAUUUCAGGAUGAAAAAAUUGAUGAGCCGAACCACCAAAAAUGUCCUUGUGGUUUCACUUGGAUUUUUGCUUUUAUUUACAGCAUAUGGAGGACUGCAGAGUUUACAGAGCAGUCUUAAUGCUGAGGAUGGAAGGGGUGUUAUUUCUCUCAGUGUCAUCUAUGGAGCUAUGAUUUUGUCCUCGAUGUUUCUGCCUUCAAUAAUGAUCAAAAAUCUGGGCUGUAAAUGGACCAUCGUCCUUUCUAUGGCUUGUUAUGUGUCUUAUUCCUUUGGAAACCUUGCGCCAGGCUGGCCAAGUCUGAUGAUAACCUCUGCUGUUCUGGGUAUGGGAGGUUCACUACUGUGGUCUGCAAAAUGCACCUAUCUCACAAUAAGUGGAAACAGACGAGGCCAGAAAAUCAACAAGAAAAGCCAGGAUAUCAUCAACCAAUAUUUUGGAAUAUUUUUCUUCAUUUUUCAGUCAUCAGCGGUGUGGGGAAACCUCAUGUCAUCUCUGAUAUUCGGCCAGGAUGCUAGCAUAGAAGUCCCUGAGGAGAACCUGCAGUUCUGUGGUGCGACAUCAUGUGUUGAAAAUUUCACAGUCGCAAACACAACCCUUCCAGCAAGACACCUAGUGAACACACUGCUAGGCUGCUAUAUCGGUUUGGGGGUUCUGGCCAUCAUUUUUGUGGCAGUGUUCCUGGACAACAUCGACCGAGAUCUGGUCAUAGAAUUUCGUAAAACCAAGGACAACCAGUCGUUUUGCAGCACCUUUCUGGCUACCUUCAAGCUCCUGAGAAAUCCUAGAUUGUUGCUUCUCAUCCCAUUGACCCUGAACAGUGGGUUUGAGCAAAGCUUCCUAGCUGGCGAAUACACAAAGAACUAUGUGACCUGUGCGAUAGGAAUACACUACAUUGGCUUUGUGAUGAUCUGCUUUGGUGCUUCUAACUCCCUGUGCUCAUUCGCAUUUGGUAGACUGGCUCAAUACACUGGAAGACUCCCCCUCUUUUGCUUGGCUGCAGUGACAAACCUGGGCUGUUUUCUGGGUCUUUUGUACUGGAAGCCUCAUCCAGACCAGCUGGGCGUGUUCUUUGUGUUUCCAGCCCUCUGGGGGAUGGCAGACGCUGUGUGGCAAACACAAAUCAAUGCACUUUAUGGCAUUCUCUUUGCUAAGGACAAAGAAGCAGCAUUUGCCAACUACCGCAUAUGGGAGUCACUCGGUUUUGCUAUAGCCUUUGCUUACAGCACAUUCCUCUGCCUGUCCACCAAAAUCUACGUUGCUCUGGCUGUUCUUGCCCUUGCCGUGGUUACUUACCUUUACGCUGAGUACAACGAGUACAAGCAUCCAACUCCACAAGUGACUAAUGACGACUUGCUUAACCAGAAAAUGAGGACGUCAAAGAAUUAAAUGACAAAGAUAUUAUCUCUCAGACAAAAAUGCAAAUAGAUUUUAGUUGAUAUUUCUGCCUCAGUAUUAGGCUGGGCACAUUUUUUUCCGAUUAAUCUUUUUUUUUAAUGACGUCA